AUGGGCUACGGUAAGAUACUUCGUUACUUCACUCCAGAGGCACUGAUACAGCUCGGAAUCAUCAACCUCUCCCCAUCGUUCCGAAUCUCGAGCAACUUCGAAGUCGACCCUCGAGCAAUCAAAGCAAUCAGGAGUAAAGAGCGGUUUGCUCCGGAUAAUAGCGGGAUUCACCCGAUAUUCAAGAACACGCCAGAUCACUGGGACCACACAAGCGAUUUGAUGUAUGAGUACCUCAAACCUUCUCUUCGUAUCGCAAGCAAGAUACUGGAUAUGGAAGUAGUUCUAGAUUUCUUGACCGCAGUUGGCAAGCCGUGGGUUGAGGAGGAACCAACACUUCUACAUGAGGCAAAAUCAGGCCAAAAACAAUAUUCCUUCUACCCCAAGCCACUAACAUCAGCCGAGAGAGCAGUGACUGCAGAAGCAUUGAUUCAUAUGCAAGAUUUUGUCGACUUUGAUUGGGACUUCAGCUCGCCCCUCAGUGUUGCCGCAUACACUAUCACGAGAAAAGUCUGGGAUAAGUCUCAUAAGAGAAUGGUGUGGGAUAGAGGCAUGUGUGAUUACGCAGGAUCGUGA